AUGGCUUCAGACAAAAAGAAAUCACACAAGAAAAGCAACAACAGUGACAUUCAGCAAUCAACAUCAUCAAUUAAUUCUAGCUCUAGUAACACAACUGACGAGCCUCCGCCAAAGCGGGCACGUAUAUUUCUGAAAAUUCGUAACAAUCCCACAAAUCAAGAGGCACCUGCUUCAACAUCGGCAAAAGCUGUCGAGUCUAAUAUUUCUUCUAACAUAAUAACAAAAUCUGCCGAGUCUAACGUUUCUUCUAACAUAGUAACAACAACCCGAGAAACCGACGACGCAGAGAUUGAAAUUGGUGACAAUGAUGACGCCACGUCAAUGGAUGUCGACGUUGUGACUGCUAGCUUGGCUGCAUCACAAAAUGUGAUUGCGUCAUCACCACCUACACCACCGAAUACUACUACUUUUAAUAAACAACCCAUGAAAUUAAAGAUAAGAUUUUCGACUGGUGCAUUGUUGUCCUCUUCAACGGCACCGGCGGCUGUUGGGAUGUCGUCGUCGUCAACAACGGUACCGCCGGUUGAAACACCGUCCACGAAAGAACAUAAACGAAAACGUCAUCAUCACCAUAAAAAACAUCAUAAAAAAGGCGGUGCGGAUAAUGAUGGAGGAGGUCCUAGUGAAGGGGAAAUUUCUGAGGGUGAAGGCAAAUCACAUAAAAAGAAAAAAGUUAAACAUGGACAAUUAGCUACAAAAGGAAUUAAAGGAGAAGCAUUAUUUGUAAAUGAAGAAUCAAUUAUGGAGGGGAAAGAUCGAACCACAAAAAAAGAAAGCGAUGUGCGAAAAGCGGAGGAAGAAAAGCCGGAAAUAAUAAAUUUCGAGAAGGGGAAAGAUUCUUCAGUACAAGAACAACCUGUUGUUAAACAAGAAAAGGGUAAAAUGAAGGCUAUUGAUCUUGGAAGGGAUGAAGAAGCUGUUGCAGCACCAGAAAAAUCGUUCAUUAAAAAUGACAAGGAUAAAAACAACGAGAUUGAUGUAGAAGAGAUCGAUGAGGUCAAUGCUGCUUCAGAACAAAUUAUAAAGAAAGAUAAAGGUAAAGGUAAAGCAGUGGACAUGGGAAGAGAAGAACAAGACAUGACCAAUACCAAGAGACCUACAUUUGAGAAAAAUCAACAGGACAAUAUUUCGAAUGUGCCGGGAAAAACUAUUGGUAAAGAUGUUAAACCAAUAGAAAAUUCCGAGCAUAAAAAAGAAAAAAUCUCAAAUAAAUCUAGAUCAAAGAAAUCAGCUCCUGAAGUUCCAGUACAACCCGUGGAGGAAAUAGUUCAAAUGAUUACCAGAAGACAAGCAUCUUUGAUGUCUGGAACAGCUAAACUGACUACCACCACUAUCACUCCUGCUGCUAAAAAAGCAUCGAAAAAUAUCGCGCCUGAAUUACUCGAUGAGCCAUCAAUUAUUACGCGUGGUCAAGCUGCCAAAUCCUCAGUAUCCUCAGCUUCUGGAUUUAAUGGUGGUAAAAAUGAUGCUCCUCUAGAAGUUGUUGGUUUUGCUUCUUCUUCAAAAUCAAAAUCCACCGAACUAAAGAUAAAAGCCGACGCAGGGUCUUCAUCUUUUGCUGUGACUACUCCAACUGGAAAACCAAAAAACACGAGUACCAGAAAAAUUGCUACGCCGAAAAAACGCGCUCCAGUCAUCCCGAAACGGAAGUAUGAAUUUAAAGCAGUAAUGCUAAAAAUACUGGAAGGAUGCGAAAAAAAAGAUCCCUACGGAGACUUUAUUGAACCAGUUGACACUGCUGCAGUCCCUGAUUACCUUGAUAUUAUCAAGAAUCCAAUGGACUUUACUACUAUCAGGCACAAAAUAGAAGACAACAAAUACUUGGAGAUUGAUAAAUUCAAGGACGAUUUGUUGCUAGUGGCGAAUAAUGCAAUGACUUAUAAUCCGAAGGGAACUCGCUGGUAUAAGAAUGCUGAGAGGAUUUACAACUUUGUUAUUAAGGCGGUUGAGAGAGAUAAAUUGAAUAUUGAGAAAGAAGAGGCGAAAAUCAAGGAAUUACAAGCUGGUCCUGCUAAUUCGCAAAAGAGUAGAAUCAUUUCCUCAUCGGCUGGGGUUGCAUUUGGAGGAAAGGGAAAAUCAGCUGCAUCUGGAUCGAAAAAGACUACUAGAAAAAGAAAACGUGCGGGAAAAUAUGAGUUAGAUGGCUCGCUUAUUCCUCGUCCAGAAAUCCUCGAGGAGAUUGAUCUUAAUCCGCCAUAUUUCGGAGAACCACCCGAAUUAACAGUUAUUGGACAAUUUGCGGGUGCUAAUCCUACACGGCCUGCCGGGUUCUUGGAUUAUGGACCAUAUGCAACUCUCGGACCUGGUGUUUAUCACACGCAGGAUACCUUUAAUUACUACAUGAGAGGUCUAUUGGGCGAUGUUGGUAUCGCGUACACAUCAAGUAUUCAGAAUUUCAUACAAAAUAUGGAUGAUGAAAUAAAAGAGGAUGCUAAUUGUCGCCUUGACAAUAUCUCACUUGGAGCAUUCUCGAUCGAUAAUGCUGUCAGUAAUUUGAUGCAAUAUAAAAAUCAUAUACAAGGGGAAGUUAGAAUUAAUACACCACAAGGAGAAAUCGAUGUCGCUCAAGAGAUUGAGAACAUUAAACAACGUAAGGUGGAUGAGGAGUUGCGAAAAGCGGCAGAACAGGUUCUCUCAGAGGCGGAUUUCUUGCGAGGAUCUCGAAAUGUUGCCUUGGCUGCAAGCAUUGUCGGUGAAAGUUUGGAAUGCUCUUUAGAAAAGAAUAAAAGCUUGUUGAAAGAAAUCAUUAAUUUGAGGAAGGGAGCAUCAGUAGCUGCUGCUGGAAAGGAAGAGCAACUUGUCGAAGAGGCGAGAGAACGGCUUAUACAAGCCACCCAACAAUACAAUAUAAUACCAAGUACUUCGCAGGUUCAGUCGAUGGCCCAUAUGACCUCAGCACAAUCAUUCACGACAAACAGAGGUGCGGCGUUGCUGGCACCAACGGUCUUUGGCUUUGGUACCAGCGGGCAGACCAGCAACCCACCCCCUGCUCUUCCAACAUCGGCGACAGGAAGAGAGCUUCCCCUCUUAACUGCGGCGGGUGCUCACACAAGUACCCCGCGCACUGGUAGACAACGCGCUCAAUCCACAGGGGCACGAUGUGCCAACUGUGGUACAUCAGAUACACCAGGCUGGCGAGCUGCAUGUGGACUGUACUAUGCGAAGAAUCGGUCACACAGGCCGUCCAAUCUUUGGGCCAACAAACAUUGA